CUAUCAAUAAACUGUCAAAAUUUCAUAUUGGAUGACUUUGGAGCAUUUAGCCUUUAGUAACUCAUAUUUGUAAAAUAAUUAUUAAAAUGGCUAAGAAGACUUACGAUUUGUUAUUCAAGCUACUCCUUAUUGGUGAUUCUGGCGUGGGAAAGACUUGCAUAUUAUUUAGGUUUUCAGACAACCACUUUACAACGACAUUUAUAUCCACUAUCGGAAUAGACUUCAAAAUAAAGACGGUGGAGCUUCGAGGUAAAAAAAUAAAGCUCCAAAUCUGGGACACGGCUGGCCAGGAGCGCUUUCACACCAUCACCACAUCUUAUUACCGUGGCGCGAUGGGCAUCAUGCUGGUGUAUGAUAUAACUAAUGAGAAGACAUUUGAUGAUAUUGUCAAGUGGUUAAGAAAUAUAGACGAGCACGCCAAUGAAGAUGUGGAGAAGAUGAUCCUUGGCAACAAGUGUGACAUGGAGGAAAAGCGUGUUGUUAGCAAGGAGAGGGGAGAGGCCAUCGCGCGCGAGCACGGCAUCCGCUUCAUGGAGACGUCGGCUAAAGCCAACAUCAACAUCGACCGCGCGUUCUCGGAGCUGGCGGAGGCCAUCCUGGACAAGGCGUCGGGGCGCGAGGCCGACAGCGACCUCGCGCGCAUCGCCGUGGAGCGCCGCCCCUCCCGUGCGCCGCCCGCGCGCGCCUGCUGCUCCUAGGCGGGUGAGUAGGGCUGCAAGGCACGACGAUAUCCGAUGUGCUACUUCAGGACACUAGUUGCGAAAAGUCGCAUUUCUGAGUCGGUUUUUGGACAAGCUUUUCCAUACAGUUAACACUAAUAUUUUUUCUAAAUUUAUUUUGCGACGGGUGACUAAGAAUGUCGCUACUUGCGCUUGUGUAUCCAUCGAAAGUAGUAUAUUAACUCAUAAUAUUUCUUGUUUAGCAAAGUGGUCAAAAAAAUAUGAAGCCGCAGUCAAAUCUAGUCGCAUAAUAUGUCGAUGUAAAGAAAGAUUAGCACAUUAGAUUCGUCUAUGUUUCUCAAAAGUUCUAUAGAACUGCGAGCAAACGGGGACUACAGUCAUCAUUGUCAUGUCCAUAUAAAUCUUCGAUUCGUUCAUAUUUUGUGUUAUUGUUUUAAAUUCUUUGAGUUUAAGUGAUUAGUAGGUACACAGAGUAGGUAAAUGAAAAAAUCAAUCUUGAUACAAUCGGAUAAUGUCAUUUGUACCUAACAAACGGUACCUUGCGUGGAUAUUUAUCUGGUGGCGAAUUCGCAUAUUGCUGUUGACUGUACAUAAAGCACUGCUACGACUAGGUAUGAGCUUAUUGGAUUAUCAUGCAAUUAUAUUACUUAAUAUGAAGAUUAAACUUUGCAUUUGUCUACUCUGUGAUAGUGUUAAGAGCAGUGUAAUUAUCAUUCUCGGCUUUCAUAGAAUUAGAGCUAACGAAAACUUAGCUCCGGGCGAUGGGGGGCGCUGCUUGGCCCUUCAACGCUUUAAGUUUGUGCAAUAAUGCAACUGUGCCGCGUAAUUAAAACUAAAUAAGUAAUGACACGACUAGCCUCACACGACUGCAUUUUUCUAAGAUUUAAAAGAACACAUUUUUUAAUAACUUCGAUGUGACGUAAACAUUUUGUAAUUUUAGCAGAGGCAUACAGCUUAAGACGCAAAUGUUACUUAACCGCAAUUAUUUGUACUUUGAGUAAAAUAUUAAUUUUAAUUUUAGAUUUUUAAAUGAAGAAUUUGUUUUACCAAAAAAUGGGCUGCAAUGCCCCGAUUAUUUACUGCAAUUUACUACUUAUUUGAGCGCACGACGGCCAUUAGUAUUUCACAGUAAGCCAUAUGUAAUCUUCAAAUGCAUUUUGAAUUUUGUCUGUUCGGCGCAGACGCACCUCACUUGUGCAUUUACGUCUUCGCUCGAAAUAUUAUUUACAAAACUAAAGUGUGAUCAUAAUCAUAAAGAAAUAAUCUCUUGGGAAUACAGAGGGAGUACAUAACUUAUCCUGAAAAUUUUCCUCAAAUAAAGGUGGAAAAUUGGGAUGAAUUUUCAGUAAAAGUUGUAUAAACUAGGUUAUUUAUUAAGUAUCCUAUGUAAUAUUAUAUACGUUGAAGGUUAAAUAAAUUACUAUUUUAUCGUACGGUGUAUGUGUCUCGUCGGUUUUUACCUGCUUUUAUAAAUAACGUCGUCAUUGUAUAUUAUGUUCAUAUUAAACAACCUAUCGUGAAA